UCUCCACCUACCCAAAGCCCUUUCUCCACCAGAUCUGACGGCCUCAUGGCUAGGUUCGGGUAUUCCUCGAGGGGACGGAGGCACUGUCGACCUCCUCUCAUGGCUUUCCUCGGCAUAGUCGCCGUCAUGGUCUUCCUUUAUGACGAAUUCUGCUCGAUUCGUCCCGGAGGUGCCCUUCAAAAUAACCCCCCUUCCUAUUCAUUGCAUUCCCUAAAGAUUUUCUCUCCUUUCAGUUCUUGGCAUCGCGAUGGUCCCAGGCCCUCAGCUAAGGUCUGCAUCUGGGAUCCCACUGGUUCGAAGCCCCUUCCAUAUCCCUUAGUCUCAUGGCAGGCUCUCCCCCUCCCAUUUUCGGAGACACGAGAGAUCUUCUUUAUACGAAGAUCUGGCGCUUCAGUUUUGGUUUCAAGGAAACUGAAGCUGGCAGUCGUGGAACCGCUGCAUGCGCUAUCUUCCAUGGAUUGGUGUCGAUUCUCUUCGCUCGAGUCGGGGAAUGUAUCAUGCCCCAUCUUCUGCUCUGGCUUGAGUGGAGUUUCAUCUGAAAUCCCGUGUGUGUCCAGAGGCAGGCAUCCCUCUCAACCUCCUUCACUGGAGGCAUACAUCGUGGUCUUUGGAUCCAGAUCUUCGCCAAGUAGGUCUUCGUCGUUGGUUGAUAUUCUAGAGUUAUGCCACCAACCGUACAAGGGGCUUAUUUCUCUCCUACUUAUGAUGCUCUGCAUGAUCCUCGUCAUCGACGAGCUUGUGCCCUUCCUUGUCCAGAGGCUAUCAGAUGAAGUAGUCUUUGUCCUCUUUUCAGCGGGUGGCCAUCAUCUUCAUCACCGGCGUUCAGCUAUGGGGCCUAUAUGAUUGUGGCCUCUCCCUGCGUGUCUGCGUGGCACAAGUUAUCUGGUGCGUUGUUGUAAUUUGCCCCCUGGUGUGUAUGGUAUUUACUUCUUGUAAAUUAAGAACAAAUGGAAGAUCUUUCAUUUCAAAAAAAUAAAAUCCCAUCGUUUAUCUUUUCCACUAGUCAUUGAUGAGAUUCCAGCUGGCUUACCUUUUAUCGACUUACCAAAUAAAAUUGUAUUUUUUUGUAAGCCAAUAAAUGAUUACUUUUUGUAAGCCAAUAAAUGAUUACCAAAUAGGUUUUUAUUACAAAAUAAAAUCUUUUUAUACGAGUACAUUAAUAUCGACAGAUAAUCAUGGGCUAGCGUAUUAAAAUAUCUAUACCCUAUUGUCACACAAUUUUUUUUCUUUUUCUAAGAUGCACGUAAAGUAUGUCUUUUUAUAAAGAAGAAAAAAAACGUGCUUCCUACCGCUUAUUUCCUCCACUGGUCACCGACGAGGUUCCAGUUGGCACGGACACGCGAACGCCGCCCGCUUGCAUCCCUAGUAGGGGUGACACGUGGACACCGCCCGCUUGCAUCCCUAGCAGAGGUGACACGCGCCACAUGCUCCAUAAGGUGAGCCCCACAGGUAACAUAGGUGCGGGAUCGCGAGGCCGCCCCACAGCCGUCCAUCCGAUGAUCCGUAGGUAGGAAGUUUCCGCUUCCGCAAGGCGCCAUUGCCAGUCGAUGCGUACUAGCCACGGCCAGUGCAGCAGUACACUGAAUGCCGAUGGAGCUUGCCAAAAAAACGGUGCGUCGCCAGGCUGUGAGCCGCGGUGCAAAAGUGGCGCCUUGCGAGGCCCAGGCGAGCUCACCAAAGAAAGAAAGGCAAGCAAACGGGCCGGACGGACGGGCGGGCGAUCGAACACGCGCACCGCGCACGCACGCACGAGUAGCCACCGGCACCGUCCCAACGGACGGCGAUUAAAGGCCACCUUAAAAGCGCGUCGUCUCCCACCGCUCAGCUCCCUCCCUCGCGAUUCGAUCCAUCACCACCGUCUCGACCGGCACGACCCAUUUCCGUCGGCGGCGCUGCUCGCUUUGCACUGCCAGCACGGCGGACGUCCCCGGCGCGAGCGCGCAGGUAAGCAUGGAGCGCAUUGGCGAGGCCCACCAGGUGCACCAGCUGCAGCAGGUCCAGCAGCAGGGGGUGGCGGCGGCGCCGUCGUUCGGCGUGGUCGAGCACUCUGUUGUGGCGGCGGCGGCGGCGGCGGCGACCAAGCCGAGGGCGCCGGGGCUGCCGCCGACGCCGCCCGCGUCCUUCGCCGGGCAGCAGCGCGGUGCGGGCGGCGACGUGUGCAUGGACGACUCCUCGGGGGCGGCGGGGCGCAAGCAGGUCGUGCCGGCGCACCGCCGGUCUCGCAGCGAGGUGCCGUUCGCGGGCUACUUCCCGCCGCCGACGCAACAGCUGCCGCAGCCCAAGGCGGAGGCCGGCGGCUGGGGCGACGGCACCGGCGGCGACGACCUGUUCAGCUCGUACCUGAACCUGGAGGGGAUGGACGUGCUCAACUCCUCGUCGCCCGACAGCAGCGCCAAGGCCGACAGCAGCGAGAACGGCGACUCGGAGGAGUGCGCCGCCUGGGGCGCUGGCGCGGGCGUCAAGAGGAGCGCCGCCGGGGAGCCGGCCAUGGCCGGGCGGCACGCCCGGAGCCUGUCCGUGGACAGCCUCAUGGGGAGGCUCAACUUCGCUUCCCCCGGCGGCGGCGCCAACGGCGCGGGCGGCAUGUUCAGCCUGGAGUUCGGCAGCGGCGAGUUCUCCCCCGCCGAGAUGAAGAAGAUCAUGGCCGACGAGAAGCUGACCGAGAUGGCCCUCGCCGACCCCAAGCGCGUCAAGAGGGUGCUGGCGAACCGGCAGUCGGCGGCGCGGUCCAAGGAGCGCAAGAUGCGGUACAUCGUGGAGCUGGAGCAGAAGGUGCAGAUCCUGCAGACGGAGGCCACCACGCUCGCCGCGCAGAUCAACCUCCUGCAGCGCGACUCGUCGGCGGUGGCGACGCAGAACAACGAGCUGAGGUUCCGGCUGCAGGCCAUGGAGCAGCAGGCGCAGCUCCGCGAUGCUCUGAACGAGGCGCUGACAGGCGAGGUCCAGCGCCUCAAGAUCGCGGCGUUGGAGCUCGGCAUCGGCGACUCCUGCUCCUCCAACGGCAUGGCCCAGCAGCACAGCCUCAUGUUCCAGCACCAGCAGCAGCAGCAGCAGGAGGCUACACCCAUACCAUUCUACCAACUGCAGCACCAACAACAGCAACAGCUGCAGCAGCAGAACGGCACAGCCAACAAGCAUGAAUCAAGGGAGUGAUGGCGAUGAUCGCAGAGGCAUUUAUUUGGACUAGAGAAGAGACAUUGCAGAUUGCAGACACCAAGGGAAAACUUUGGUUUAGAGUUGAACUGUGAAUCCAUAUGGUUUUAUUGACUCUUUUGUUUUAAUGUCGUCGUUAAUAAUCGUUGUAAGUUUUUCCAGGCGGUGAGCCCUGCCUGUACUUUCUUUUUCCUUCUUAUUAUGUUCAUUGAUUCUGUGGAUAUGUUACCUUUCAGUCACCAAAACUGGUGGAGCAGUAGUUGAUUAAUAACAUAUUCUUUUGUAGUAUUAUUAGUUUCUA